CUUCUUUCAGGCAAAACAAAACCAAAUCCGCGCCCACCCCUCCCCCCCCCCCCGCCUUAGAAGCAAAACAAACGUCCUCCUAUCCACGAGUUGCCUCUUAAACAGCCUGCUUAUUUUGAAAUAUGUAUAAAAUAGAUAUCGUUAUCAUCUCAUCCCCCCGCAAUGUCUGUGCAGCAUCGCGAAAGUGAAUGUAGCCGCUCGAAAAACAAAGAGAAAUUCGGGUCCGCGCCGAAACAAAAAUUAAACAAUCUCGUGCCGUCUCCGAUCAUGUCGCGUCCGCUUUAAGAAGGGGCGGGGGUUGGACUUUAUGGACGCUGCAUCGGACCAAUCGAGAGCGACGGAGCCCGGACGCCGGGCGAAGAAGAACCAAUCGGAGCGGAGAACGGCGUGCUGCCGACGAGGCGUGCGCGGCUACAAGAGGAGUGCGCGCCUCUGACAGGGUACUGUGGACCUCCUAGUGUCAAGGACCAUGUCGGUGGAUCUACAGACGGACUCCUCGCUGCAGGUGGAGAUCUCGGAUGCGGUCAGCGAGCGGGACAAAGUGAAGUUUACGGUUCACACCAAGACGAAUCUCGCUCACUUCAAACAGCCUGAGUUCUCAGUCGUUCGUCAACAUGAAGAGUUCAUUUGGCUUCAUGAUGCAUAUGUGGAAAAUGAGGAUUAUGCUGGGAUUAUAAUUCCUCCUGCCCCUCCGAAACCAAACUUUGAUGCAUCUCGGGAGAAGCUACAGAAACUUGGGGAGGGAGACGGGUCCAUGACUCGCGAGGAGUUUGCCAAGAUGAAGCAAGAGCUGGAAUCCGAAUACCUGGCCAUCUUUAAGAAGACGGUGGCUAUGCAUGAGGUCUUCCUGCAACGCCUGGCUGCUCACCCACAGCUCAGGGGGGACCACAAUUUCUAUGUGUUUCUGGAAUAUGAUCAGGAGCUAAGUGUCCGUGGCAAGAACAGGAAGGAGAUCCUGGGUGGUUUUCUGAAGAACAUAGUGAAGACUGCAGAUGAAGCAUUAAUAACUGGCAUCUCUGGAAUUAAGGAAGUCGAUGAGUUCUUCGAGCACGAGAGGACCUUCCUUAUCGAAUAUCACAAUCGGGUCAAGGAUGCAACGCUGAAGUCAGACAAGAAGACCCGCUCUCACAAAAAUGUCGCUGAAGAUUACAUUCCAAUCUCUUCUGCCUUAUCUGGUUUGGGAACGUUGGAUACCAACCCACUUAGCAAGAACUUCCUGAAACUUGCAGAACUCUUUGAGAAACUUCGGAAACUGGAAGGACGUGUGGCAUCUGACGAAGACUUGAAACUUUCUGACUUGUUAAGAUAUUACAUGAGAGAUUCCCAAGCAGCAAAGGACCUGCUAUACCGGAGAGCUCGGUCCUUGUCUGAUUAUGAAAAUGCCAACAAAGCCCUGGACCGAGCCCGCAUGAAGAACAGGGAUGUGAAACACACUGAGGCCAAUCAGCAACGCUGCUGCCAGAAAUUUGAAAAACUUUCAGAAUCAGCCAAGCAAGAACUCUCAGACUUCAAAAUCCGAAGAGUGUCUGCCUUUCGGAAGAACAUGAUUGAGAUGACAGAACUGGAGCUGAAACAUGCCAAGGCCAACCUAUUACUACUAAGGAACUGCUUGAGUUCCCUGCGAGGUGAACAGUAGGAUCAUUCUCUGCUUCACUACACAGCAUCUGGAGAUGACCAUCUGUUUGGGCCAAUGCACAAACAUACCUUUUUUCUUUUUUCUUUUUGUUCAUCAUGUGUUCUUAUAAUUGUUGACCACUAGGAACACUAAUCAGCGUGGGGAUAGCUGUGGGUUUCUGCCCUGGGGGUGGGGGUCAGUCUCUGUGUGAACCUGGCACCUUGGUUGGGUAAGGGUUGGUGUUUGAAAGUCCUUAGUGUCCCCCCCUCUUCCUUCCCACCACUUUUUUUUUUCUCUCUUUUUGGCCAAUGGGCUGCUUUUGCAGGCUGGCUAGUGAAGGACCUGUCUGAAUAGAAAUGGCGAGUUCAAUGUUUUCCUCUCCUGGAGGCCCCUAUGACUUGCCCAGCCAUAGCCACCUGAUUGGCACCGGUAUACCUGAUGCCAGGGACCACUGGAGCAUGUCUUGAGCAUCUGGAUAGCAAAUAACAAUCAGCACUCCUACACCCAGAUGUGUGCACGUCUGUCCAACCAGGUUAAUAAUCAUGACCCUUCCUAGCAUCUGGCCUGCCCUCACUGACUGACAGUAAUGUGAGCAGGCCAUGCUAACCAGUUUUGACAACAGAACCAUCAACUCCCUAAAAGUAACUGAAUCACUGCAGAGGGCACUUUGUAGAUUGGGACAGUGUCAAGGGAGCUUUUAAAUAGAACCCCUGUCCUGUGAGUGUUUUGGGGUGAGAAAGAGUGUAGCCUCAUUCUGUAUCUGACCCUGGUGCUGUCCCUGUCUAGGGACUAUUUGGUGGAACAUGUUCCAUUUUGUGACAUUGAUACCCACUCACUGGGAAACCACUGGAUCUGUAAAGGGGAGAGCUCAGCGGGCACUGAGCUAAUAUUGUCUACCAGCUGAACGGACAUAUUAUAUAAAAAUGUAUUCUGAACUCUCAAUACUCCUUGUUUUCAGCUUUUGUUCAGCUGCACAAAUAGGAGUCCUGAGUGGCUUCUCUCCAUUUCCUCAAUUGCUUGUUCAGUUUUGAGUAACCAGCCUUUUGGUUCAUGUCUAGUCGUGCUGAAUAAAAUUACUGAAUUGAUUUGGAUGUAUAAAUAAGUGCACCAAAGUAUGAAAGCAUCAAAAUAACUUGUGUUAAAUGUCAAACAAUAAUUAUUAUUGACUGUCUUGUCACCUACUAUAGGGAGUGAGCAGUGUCCAGUCGUGUUGUGACACAAGCCCCUAAGAUGUUUGUACUUUUUCCCCCUCUUUGGGGGAUGGAAAAUUGUUGUUUUGUUUGCAGUCCUAAUUUAAGCAAAUCUUCCAGCAGCUUCCCUUUUUAAAGUUCCAGACUUCAAUCUUUGUAAAUAAAAUUUUGAGCAGAAAA